GAGCCCUUUCUCUUCCGGCGCUCGCCAUGGCGGACAAGGAAGCAAAGAAGCUGCCGGCUGUUCCGGAAACCCUCCUGAAAAAGCGCCAGGCUUAUGCAGCCAUAAAGGCCAAGCGUCUGAAGAGGAUGUUGGCUCAAAAGAAGCUUCGAAAGGCGCAGAGGAAGCUCAUCUAUGCAAGAGCCAAAGCCUACCACAAGGAGUACAGGCACAUGUACAGGCAGGAGAUCCGCAUGGCCAGGAUGGCCCGAAAAGCUGGGAAUUACUAUGUCCCAGCUGAACCAAAGCUGGCCUUUGUGAUCAGGAUAAGAGGCACCAACGGUGUGAGCCCCAAGGUCCGCAAGGUGCUGCAGCUUCUUCGCCUGCGUCAGAUUUUUAACGGCACAUUUGUAAAACUCAACAAAGCUUCCAUCAACAUGUUGCGGAUUGUGGAACCCUACAUUGCCUGGGGUUAUCCCAACUUGAAGUCUGUGCAUGARCUGAUCUACAAGCGUGGUUAUGGCAAGAUCAACAAGCAGCGCAUUGCUCUGACGGAUAAUUCCCUGAUUCAGAAGCGCCUUGGCAAACAUGGCAUCAUCUGCAUGGAGGAUGUGAUCCAUGAAAUCUACACUGUUGGCAAGAAGUUCAAAGUUGUGAACAACUUCCUUUGGCCCUUUAAGUUGUCCUCUCCUCGGGGUGGAAUGAAGAAGAAAACCAUCCACUUUGUAGAAGGUGGAGAUGCUGGUAACAGGGAAGAUCAGAUAAACAGACUCAUAAGGAGGAUGAACUAAAGAUUCAGAUGCCCAGCUGCAAUCUUCCCAAUUCUGGUCUGUUAAUAAAACCAUCUUGCAGAAAACAA